UCGAUCUCAGGGACAGUCGGUCGUUUCAGAAUUUCAAACUCUCGCCAUGUCUUGUUCUCCGCCGCCCCCGCUCGCGCUCUCGAUCCUCCUCUCCCCCCUCCGCGCCUGCGGCUCCGCCUCGCACGCGCUGCAGUGCCACGCCCUCCUCCUCACCUCCGGCCACCUCGCCGCCUCCCCGCUCCGCCUCUCCAACCUCCUCCUCCUCGCCCUCGCGUCCGCCAACGCCGCGGCCCACGCCGACGCCGUCUUCGCCCGCCUCCCGGGGGCCGCCUCCGGCCACGCCUUCCCCUGGAACACCCUCAUCCGCCUCCACGCCCCCUCGAGCCCCCGCAGGGCCCUCGCCUACUUCGCGCGCAUGCGCCGUGGCGCGGUGGACCCCGACGCCUACACCUUCCCCGCCGUGCUCAAGGCGUGCGGCUGCGCGGUCGGGCUGCUGGUGCACGCCGAGGCCGUGAGGAGGGGUCUGGAUCGCGACCUGUUCACGAGGAACGCGCUGAUCAGCUUCUACUGCAGGGCCGGCGACUGCCGCUCCGGGCGGAGGGUGUUCGAUGACGGCGUGCUGGACCUCGUUUCGUGGAACUCUAUGGUGGCGGGGUACGUUGGGUGCGGCGAGGUGGAGCUGGCGCAGGAACUGUUCGACGAAAUGCCGCGUAGGGACGCGUUCUCCUGGGCCGCCAUGAUUGAUGCCUACGGGAAGCGGUCUGGAGGUGUGGACCGUGCGCGCGAGCUGUUUGAUCAAAUGCCUGACAGGGAUCUGGUGUGCUGGAAUUCGAUGAUCGAUGGAUAUGCUAGGCAGGGGAGGAUGGACGAGGCGAGGGUGCUAUUUGAUGAGAUUCCUGAGAGGAAUGUGAUCUCGUGGAGCAUUGUUGUAGACGGGUAUGUCAGGUGUGGCGAGCCUUCUGAGGCUUUGGAACUUUUCCAAAGGAUGCUGAGGUGCGGUAUCAGACCUGAUAGGGUCGCUGCAGUUGGGGCUGUCACGGCAUGCGCACAGCUGGGAGCUCUGGAGCAAGGCAGGUGGCUGCACUCUUACUUGGAGAAGAAGAAGAUUUUGUUCGAUGUUGUGGUGAAGACAGCUCUGAUAGAUAUGUACAUGAAAUGUGGGCGCUUGGAUCUCGCCAUGCUGAUAUUUGAAAGCAUGCCUGACAAGACCGUGGUUACUUGGAAUGUGAUGAUUGUUGGACUUGGAACUCAUAGUUGCGGACUUGAUGCUGUCAAGCUUUUCUGCCAAAUGGAGUCUGAAGGAGCACCAAUGGAUGAUCUUAGUGUGCUUGCCGUGCUGACUGCAUGCACACAUGCUGGGUUGAUCUCAGAGGGUUUACAGAUAUUUCAUAGAAUGAAGAAGGAUUUUGGGAUAGAUCCCAAGGUUGAACAUUAUGGUGCAUUGGUUGAUCUCCUUGGCCGUGCUGGACAUUUGGAUCAGGCUAGGCAUGCCAUAGAGACAAUGCCCAUGGAACCAACUCCAGAAUUAUGGGGAUCUCUGCUUGCUGCCUGCCGAAGUCAUAGGUGCGUCGAACUGGCUGAGCUGUCGGUUGAACGCCUAGCAAGUCUUGGAGCUGAUGACUCUGGAGUCUAUGUUCUUCUGUCCAAUAUCUACGCUGAUGAAGGAAUGUGGGAUGGUGUCUCGAGGAUUAGGAGAUUGAUGAGUGCUGAAGGGAUGAAAAAGGACAUUGGAAGGAGUGUGAUUGAGGCGGAUGGACAAAUACACGAGUUUGUGAAUGGAGGCAGUUCACAUCCUGAUAAGGAUGAAAUUUACAUGAUGCUGUGGAAUUUAUCUAACAUGGUAGCAUCUGCUUGAUUGCUCUGUUGCACCGAAAUUGUGUUGAAUCUCUUGGUGUGAUGCCUGUUAGUUGAUUGAACAUUCUUGGCAUGAAAUGCUACAAUGCUGGAUGGAGCUCUUGAAAACUCAGUGUCCCGGGGUUUCUUUCUGAAGCUGCUUGUCAUGACAAACAUUUGCAAAUGAAAACAAAGUGUUUGGUUGGAGCUGUGGCUUAUUUCCCAGAGGACUUUGGAGAUAUCAACAUGAUCGAAAAUUGCACCUGGUAGUUAAUUACGCUGUUGGAAGAGCUACCUCCCAAGUUCUAUUGAUAUAGCAGCCAAAUGGGUGCUUAGUUACUUGCACACUGGUCCAUGCCUUGUAUUCAUUUUACUGGACUUAGUUGCAGACUGACUAAAAGGUACCAAAACGCAGAGAUCUUGAGAUCCAUGGGGUGGUGGUCCAUUUUGCUUUCAUCGACUUGCUUGCACGGAGCCAGUUUGAAUGGGUAAGGAACAGUUUGGGGCUACCAGUUGAUGAUCAUGAAGUUUUGAUAACGAUUUCAGGCUUAACCACAAGUUUGAUCUUAAUAAAAAGACAUCGAACCUCUCUUGAGUUGGUCUUUAAUAUCCUCAGAAUGAAGAAAAGUGAAACUCAGGUUGAAGGCUGGCGUCAUCGAGAUAGAGAUCUACAUGCUGGUCCUGAAGCCAUUUGAAGCUACAGUAGGAGCAAAUGGAGCAAGGAAGGAGGCAAGUGGCUACUGUUUCCUCUUUCUAUCAGUCUGCUUACCAAAAACUCCAUAGACAGAGCCAGAGGUUAUGGAGGGAAGGGGAGAUGGGUCAAUUAUUUGCGCCAAUCAUAUGCAACAUCGAAACGGCGGACACAGUGCGCAAAAUCUAUGUGGGAAUAGUAGUAAACCUAAUAAUCAGCGAAAGAACAUGCUUCAAGGAAAACCCUGAGGGAGAAGAGGAAACCUAUGUUCAGUUAAAGGACGUGCAUGCUUCAAGGAACUACCUACCUAGGAUGCUUGGGAUGGUUAAUGGCGGUGAAGGCCAAGAGGAAGCAGAGCACACAGGCAUGGCGUAUCAUCUCUGAACAUGCAGAGGUGUAUGUUUGUAUAUGCCAGAGGAGUGUGGGAACUGGAAAAGCAGUCGGGGUGAAGAUGCUUGGAUUCUGCAUUCCGGAGAGAGCAGCGUGGCGGGGGUGCUUGGAUUUCUGCGUUUCUCCCAGCCUAGUUCUUGUUUUCUUCUCUCGCUCUCCUCUCCUCCUUGAGCACGACGGCGUGGGCUUGCCUCUCGAUUUCGGGACAAACAACCAGAGCCGUACCACGCGCAGUCUGGCGACUUCUUGCAGUCGCAGUCGCAGUCGCAGAGAGCAAUUCUCGGAAGCUCGGGAUCUGCGGUGCGUUUGGUCAUACUGUCUAUGUGCGGCCUCUUUCUUCUCUCUUUUUCCUCGAGGAAGAUGCACUGGCUGGCCGUGGACAUGGGCAGAGCUUGCGGUGGUUGCUUUCGGUGCCAGAGCAAGGUUUUGGUCACGAGAUGCCGGCAGUCACGAGACGCCAACUGGGUCAAGAUUUUGGUGCAAUCUGUUCGACAGCCAAGUGGGUGCUGUUUGUCCAAGUCGCGACGUAUUGGCCACUAACAAUCCAGCGAGUAAAUUGUUCUUUGCUUCCAGAAA